UGAUGCUGCAUCAAGUCUAGUAGCAGUGAUCUCGAUUGGAGGAAGUUCUUUCGGUUUUCCACUUCUUGAUCCUAUAGGCGGUAUAUUAGUAGCAGGAAUGAUUCUGAAGAGUGGAAUUGAAAUUAUGAUAUCAUCGUUAAGAGAAUUGGUUGAUAUGGGAGCGAAAGAUGAUGUCAUAAAGAAAGUUGAAAAGGCUGUUUAUAAGAUUCAGGUCGAUCCAGACUUGAAAAUUUCCAAAGCACGUCUUAUUGAGGAGGAAAUACAAAAGGAGGUUAAAAAAGAAUGUAAAAGUGUCAAAGAAGUUUUAGUGAAUUUAGACACAACUAAUAAACGUUGUUAA